AUGGCGCACGGCAUUGAGAGAUUCUUUCUUUUAUCAUACUGCCUUGCGUGCUGUUGGCCAGGGUUAGUUGCAAGAAGUCAACUUCGAGUCGUUAGGCAAUGGGCCGAAUUAGAUUUCGUUUUUCCUAGUGAAGAGGCCAAAAGAUCUGCCAUCGCAAAAAGAUAUUAUGUACCUGGCAACUCAGUUCCGAUUGACGUAGACGUGCAUCACAGACAAGGUGCGAUGCGAUCGCGCAUCUUCGUAACUAUUCCUCGCUUCGACGAGGGUCGUCCUAUGACGCUCGGAACCGUGGAUGAUCAAGGUCGAAUAUCAGCAUACCCUGACUAUGCAUGGCAUGACAACCAGGGCUUAAACUGCAAUGGGAUGACGUCGGUCUUCAGAGUGGCGAUAGAUGAAUGCAAUCGGCUAUGGGUGAUGGAUACCGGGAAAAUAGGAGAGAAGCAAGUGUGCCCCCCACAAGUGCUCGCCUUUGACCUGAGCAGUGACCGGUUGAUAUACCGGCAUAUAGUCAAAGAGUCCAGCUACAUACCAUCGUCGCUCUUUAUUACCCCCGUUGUGGAUGUAAGAAGGAACGGCGGCGACUGUAGUGACACGUUCCUGUACGUAGCUGAUGUGUCCGGAUUCGGAUUUCUGGUCUUGGACGUCGCCAACGAUCGCACCUGGAGGGUUACACAUCGAUUGGCCUUUCCUUUUCCAUCACGUGGAACAUUUACCAUCGAUGGAGAGAGUUUUGACUUGAUGGAUGGUGUGUUGGGGAUGGCACUGUCACCGCCGCGCACUGGCAAGGAGAGUUACUUGUACUUCCACGCACUUGCCUCCACCACUGAGAACGUAGUGCGAACCAGCAUACUACGAAACUCAUCAUUUAUCGAUGACGUGAAUGCUCAACCUCAAUCAAUGAACGUAUUUGCUGAAGAACGCCCUAACCAAUCAGCUGCGGAAGCUAUGGACCGUAACGGUAUCCUUUACUUCGGUCUGAUGGACCCACCCAGCAUUUGGUGCUGGAACUCCGCGACGGAAUUCUCCCCACGGAACUUCCAUCCGGUCGCCAUUGACCAAGAAACGUUGCAAUUCGCAAGCGGCUUAAAAAUUGUCAACAACCUCAAAGGAGAGCAAGAGUUGUGGGUAUUGACCAGUAGUUUCCAGAGAGUGAUGACGGGAUCUCUCAGUUCGAACAGAGUUAAUUUCAGAAUUCACGCCGAGAAAAUAUCGGUUUUAAUGGCGAACUCGCCAUGUGCCGUCCCCCCAAAGGACCGGAAUCACGGUCAUUAUGCGAAUUUAAUUUCAAUGAAAGACGACAAUCAUAUCAUGUUCAGAUAUGGCGCUGUAUCAUAUCUCUAG